AUGGCUGACCCAGCCAAAUCCUGCCCUACACGAAAAUUGUCCCAGAAAAAGUUACUUAUUAAUCUUUGGUGGAAUAGCGUCGGUGUCGUUCACUUCAGCUUUCUUAAAUCUGGCCAAACGGUUACGGCAGAUAUUUAUUGUCACCAGCUGCAAACCAUGAAGGAAGAACUAGCUGCUAAGCAACCGAGAUUGGUCAACCGCUCUAGGCCACUUCUACUUUACGACAACGCAAGACCACACACUGCACAACAAACGACCAUUAAGUUAGAUGAGCUACAAUUGGAAUAUCUGCGACAUCCACCGUACUUUUCGGACCUUGUUCCAACAGAUUACCAUUUUUUCCGGAAUUUGGACAAAUUCUUACAAAAAAAAAAAUUCAACUCCGAUGCGGCAGUCCAAACCGGCUUCAAAGAGUUUAUUAAUUCUCGCCCCCACGUUUUUUUUAAUAAAGGGAUCAAUGAACUAUCCUUUGUUAUCUAUGCACUUUUGGCACCUCAUAGGAGGUGCCAAAAGUGCAUAGAUAACAAAGGUGCAUAUCUUGAUUAA